AUGGGAUCAGUGUCGCAGGUCCGUAUGAAACCAGGAUGUGUCCCCACAAAAUUUGAAUGCCAACCAGACAGAAGGAAGCGCACAUCUUCUACUAUAGAUCGGCCAUAUAUUCUUAAGAAACAAAGGAAAAUGUUAGUUGAAGAAUGUGAAAAAGAUUUUGAAGAGAGCAGUAAUACCAGAAAAGAUAUGGAACUCGGGGAGACUUCAUAUGGACAUUCAGUUUUCCAUGUAAACAUAGAGAAUAUUAGUGAAGAAGAAGUAACUAAAUCUGCAAAUAAAUCAAUCCAAGGUAUGGAGGAAGGA